GAAGAAGAAAUAAAAGCAGUAGAAGAAGAAAGAGAAGACUUUCAGAAGACGGAUGAAACCGUGUUUAAUGCUAAUUUACUGUAAUGUACCUCUUUAGCUGAUUAGAUUCAGCGUUUGUACAUAAUUUGCGUGAAGCUGGGAUUGAAAUCCUCUAAAACUGUCAAACGGUGCGUCUUCUGAACCGUUAUAUUUUUGGUGCUAGCUAGCAGGUAUGCUAGUGGUGCUAGCUUGACAGCUAGCUUCGAAUAAAAUUAUUUGUAUUGUGGUGUGGCCAGAUUUUUUCCCUUUGAGGAGGAUAAUUCAAGACCUGACAACAGUGGUUAUGGAGGUUGGGCAGUCGGAGACGAGAACGUUGGAGCUUAAGGAGACCAGAGAGAGGAUAAAAAACAAGAGAAGGACAGAGUCUGAUGGUGAAAGAGAUGAAAAUGAAAAUAUGUCUGAAUCUCCACAUGAGACGACACAGUGGGAGAACUCUCUCAAUCUAAAGAAAAAAGCAGUGGUAGUUUUGACCAAACUCCCUGAAUCCAAGAUCAGCGGUCUGCGGCCACCGACACCUGAGCAGUUCUACAGUGAAGAUGAGUCCCUCAGCAGCUCUGAUUCUGACAUGCAGUGGGAACCAGAAGACGACUCCAGUGAUUCAGAACUUUUAGCCCAGAACAGUACACAGAAAACAUCACCAGCGGGCAGCAGCAACAAUGCUGUGCCAGAAACCCCCAUUAUAGUAUCAUCAGCUUUCGCCCAUUGCUCUGAUGAAGCCACCAAGAGUCGCCUCAAUUUGCCAGAGGAAGAAGUCGAAGUGGACAUGGUUGUCUUGGCCAGGAAGAGACCCAUGAGGUGGCAGCGGGGAAAAAUAAUGGAAAUACUUACGAAAGAAGAUGGACGGUUGAAGUACAAAGUUAAUUUUGAGGAAAAGGGAAAGAGUCUAGUAUCUGGACACCACAUCGCCUUCGACAAAACACCCAAGCUGGAGCAGCUGUACAUCGGCGCCCGUGUGGUGGUUCAGUGUCAAGAGAACAAGUUCCGGUUCCGGCCUGGCGUUUUGGGUGAGCUCCCCAGCAGAAAGAACCGCUUAAGGUUCUUGGUCUUUAUGGAUGAUCACACACCCGUCUAUGUUGGUUUACCUUCCCUUCGCCUGGUGUGCAGACCAUUAGAAGAUGUCCUAGAUGACAUUCCAGACAGCCCUCACAAGUGCUUCAUGAAGCAGUACCUUAAAGACUGGCCGUACCCUCAUUUAGCCCAUUACAGCGCUGGACGGAGCCUUAAUGUAGAAUUACACGGAGAGCAGCAGAGGUGUGAGGUGCAGCUGGUUGACAGCAGCUUGAUGCAGGUCAUUUUUCAGGAUAAUCAACACAAGGAGUGGAUCUACCGAGGCUCCAUACGACUGGACCAUAUGGCUCGGUUUUUGGAACUGAAAGAGAGGGGAGAGACCCUGACUAAUUAGAGGGCCACACAGACAGUGCAGUCCUCUGCCGACACCGGCCCCAAUGUCAGUGCAGUUUUCAACAAAGUCGUCCAAGUUUCGUGAAAUUUGAUGUGCAGUUUUUGCACAAUCUUGCUGAUAGAUAAUAGGUUUGACAGACGAUGCAGCUGAUGAUAUCUGUCACCAUGGAGGGAUGUGCAGUUGGAUUUUUUGGGGAAAUAUAAAUGGACUAUAUCAGUCCAAAGUAUGAUUUAAUUUACUGAGAAUGACUCAAGCUUAUCUGCACCAUAUUCCAAAUGUUUCUUUUUUAGUUUUGGUUUAAUUCAUUGUACAAAUAAAGCUGCUUUAUGAUUGCA